AAGAAGGGAAAGAGAAAACGAACAUGUGGCUGCAAAUUGGCCAACACCAAUUUUCUGUUGAAGCAAACAUAUCCCCUUCAUCUCCCUUUCUUGGUUGUAUCUAUAUCAAUUGAAAACCCAAAGAACCAAGAUUCUGAUUAUGCUCACUUGUUAUUAAAUUCUUCAUUAAUUUGUAAAAAAAGAUGUUGCCUUUUUGGUGUUCAUGGCCUACAAUGAUUCUUGAUCACAUGAGUGAAGAUCAAGUCUGAGAUAAGAUUAAUUACUGUCCUCUGAUAUUCUUCAACAAAGUCUUAAAAAUCCCACAUCAAAGUUCAAGAUUUUCAAAACCCUCCAUCAAGAUUCAAUCUUUUUGAAAACCCUUCAUCAAAAUUCAAUCUUUUUCAAAACCCAUAAUCAAAAUUCAAUCUUUUUCAAAACCCAUAAUCAAAAAUUCAAUCUUGUUGAAAACCCAUAUCAAGAUUCAAGAUUUUGUGGUGUAUUAUUGAAGGGAUGUCAGGAGGGUGUAGUAUAGUGUGGUUUAGGAGAGAUCUGAGGGUUGAAGAUAACCCUGCUUUGGCAGCUGGUGUGAGGUCUGGUAAAGUGAUUGCAGUGUACAUAUGGGCACCAGAAGAAGAGGGUCAUUAUUACCCUGGUAGGGUGUCAAGAUGGUGGUUGAAACAGAGUUUAGCUUUACUGGAUUCAUCUUUGAAGAAUCUUGGUACUUCUCUUGUUACCAAGAGAUCUACUGAUAGUGUUUCUUCUUUGUUGCAUCUCAUCAAGUCUACUGGUGCUACUCAACUGUUUUUCAAUCACUUAUAUGAUCCUUUGUCUCUGGUUAGGGAUCACCAAGUAAAGGAGAUUUUAACGAAUAUCGGGAUAGAAGUGCGUUCGUUCAAUGCAGAUUUGCUAUACGAGCCAUGGGAGGUUCUUGAUGAUGAACGCCGCCCGUUCAAUACGUUUACAGAAUUUUGGGACCGUUGUCUUAGUAUGCCUUAUGAUCCUGAGUCUCCACAACUCCCACCUAAGAAGAUAAUCUCAGGUGACCUAUCAAAGUGCCCUUCGGACACAAUAAUUCUCGAGGACGAAUCGGAGAAAGGAAGCAAUGCUCUCCUUGCACGCGCAUGGUCACCAGGUUGGAAACACGCUGAUAAGGCACUUGCGGCUUUCAUGAACGGGCCGUUACUAGAAUACUCCAAAAACCGAAGAAAAGCCGACAGCGCGACAACCUCGUUUUUAUCUCCACACCUACACUUUGGAGAACUCAGUGUACGAAAAGUCUUCCACUUGUUACGAAUCAAACAAGUCCUCUGGGCCAACGAAGGGAACAGGGCUGGCGAAGAAAGUGUAAACUUAUUCCUUAAGUCGAUCGGUCUACGGGAAUAUUCACGGUACAUGAGUUUUAACCAUCCGUACAGCCACGAGAGGCCACUUUUGGGCCAUUUGAAAUUCUUCCCAUGGAUAAUAGACGAAGGUUAUUUUAAGGUGUGGAGACAAGGUCGAACAGGCUACCCAUUGGUCGAUGCGGGGAUGCGGGAAUUGUGGUCUACGGGGUGGCUGCACGAUAGGAUACGCGUUGUGGUGUCGAGUUUCUUCGUUAAGGUUUUACAGUUACCGUGGAGAUGGGGGAUGAAGUAUUUCUGGGAUACGCUUUUGGAUGCCGAUCUCGAAAGUGAUGCGUUAGGUUGGCAGUAUAUAUCGGGUACGUUACCCGACGGUCGUGAGUUUGAUCGUAUCGAUAACCCGCAGGUCGAGGGGUAUAAAUUCGACCCGAAUGGCGAGUACGUAAGGAGGUGGCUUCCGGAGUUAUCUAGACUACCAACCGAAUGGAUACAUCAUCCGUGGGAUGCACCAGAAUACGUGCUUCAAGCUGCUGGAGUAGAGCUCGGGUCAAACUACCCGCUCCCGAUAGUCAAACUUGAUGCGGCAAAAUCCCGACUACAAGAAGCGCUAUCGCAAAUGUGGCAACACGAAGCUACUUCGAGAGCUAUUCUUGAAAAUGGAAUGGAAGAAGGGCUCGGAGACUCAUCGGAAUCUGCCGCCGAUGCUCCGAUAGCUUUCCCUCAAGCCAUGGAGAUGGAAAUGGACGAUAAUACCCUCAGGGCCGCUCCUACAAUCCGCAGCUAUGAAGAUCAAAUGGUUCCAAGUAUGACUACUUCUUUAAUAAUAAGAGGAGAUGAUGAGUCAUCAUCUUCAGAUGUUGGAAAUCUAGCAGAAGACAGUAGGGUUGAAGUUCCUAACAAUCAAGGUAUGGUAAGAACCGAUAAUAUGCAACCACGGGUUGAUGUAAUCCCCACGACGGGAUUGCCAGAUGGAGACCAUUUACAGGCUGAAUCUUCGAGCACUUCUCGAGCAAGUUCGAGGGAACGAGAAGGGGGUGUGGUCCCCGUGUGGUCCCCUUCAACGUCUAGUUUUAGCGUCGGUGAAGAUAGUUCCUAUUUGCAAAGGCAUCCGCAGUCUCACCAACUGAUCAACUGGAGGCGGCUUUCCCAAACCGGGUGAUCGGUAUUGUGAAUGCAAGAAGGUGGAAGCUCGAUGAUGGUAGAUGCUAUUCGAGAUCAUUUCGGUUUUCUGUUUUCCGCUCCAGCCUGAUCCAACGGUGGAAAAUAUGCCACAAGAUGAUCAUUCUAUCCUCCUUUAGUUUUCUAUUAUGCCAUAUUUCUGGUUUCUGCUGUAUAGUAACUGUUAGUGGUAUGGUAUGUUGUAUACUUACAUGCACAUACGUACAUAUAGUAUGUAUGUACUACAUGUAUGCAUGUAAUGUAUGUAUGUAUGUAUGUAUUGAUGUUCUUUGAAGGUCCUCUAUCUCGGCCGGUUGACUAAUCUUGUAAGAUCUAUAUUUAUGAUGAAUGUAUGAAUUGUGGUAUUUAGUUCGUU